AUGUGCUGCAACAAGAAACGCGCUGCUCGAUACGCCGCCAGCGUGCCCGCUGCGGACGAGGGUCAAUAUUACUAUCACCACCAGACCGGACGACGAGGCUGCGGAGGCGGCUAUUCAUCGGGCUGCCGCCGAAGACCAGGCCUGAUCCGAAGCCUGUUCGGCAUGGCCAAGGAGUACAGCGACAACAAGGCCCUUCCUCAGGCUGCUCAUCAAAGAGCUUCUCAGGAGACUGAUGGUUCAUGGCCGGCUGAGAAGCAAAAUCAUCUGGACUAUCCUGUGCGGGAGCAGCCAGAGGCGCACCAGGUUGAAGGCGGAGUGAAGGCUAAGGAGGAGGAUUAUGAUCUUGUGGAGGACGGCAGGGAUGUGCACGAGGCCCGUCCUGAAAUGUUGCCGAGAUACUCCCAGGUGGUCAAUGCUGAGUGA